AUGCUGCGGACGAUGCCCUCGUUUCGCCGUCGUGCGAUGGUGAGCAAGGCGGUGCAGACGGAGGCCUCGUUUCCGUGGGAGUGCGCAGACACCGACAGGCACUACGAGGAGCUGGCCAGCGAACAAUUUCAGGACCUCUGCAAGCUGCGGGACAUGAUUCGGGCGGCGAUGAAGGAGGUUGCCUGCUCCGUGUACGACGUCGUUGCCUUCAAGGACAUCCUCUUCAAGAUUGAGGACGAGCUUCCCUCCAAGCUGCCCGUGACCGACCUGCUCCUGCUGUCGUCCAAGCUGUUUCGCCGGACGUCGGCGUUGGGGCGCCUGCUGGGGUGCCUCUUUGCGGUGGUCUUCGCCGAGGAGCACGCGGACGAGAACUUUCACUUCACGGAGCUCCGGGUGCUGCGUCACGAGCUGAUGAAAGUCAAGCUUCAGUUUGCCCAGGCGGAAAAGGAGCGGGCCCGGCUGCAGCGCAUGCUGGACGACGUCGGUAAGGCCGCCAUGAAUCACAGCCGGGCUGUGAAUCUGCUGGAGACACAAAACGCGGCACUGCAGCUAAAAACAACUGGGCUGGAAGACCAAAUGGCGUUGCUUUUUGCCCAGGUGAAUAAAGACUUGCAUCGCCAGUGCAAGGACGCCUACGAAAAUGUUACGAGUGAAAUUGAUUCGCAGGAUCGUAUGAGCCUUGCCAGGGCGACCUUUCGUCAGACGAUGGAUUCCCUUAGUGAUCAGCUGCGACACUCCCGCACUCUUAUUAACGAUGUGAGGGAGCUUGUCAUGAGCUGCGCCCAGACGGGCACUGCCGGGGGCGGGGCCAGAAACGUGGAUGUGCAGAUAUCCAAGGAGCCGAGCAUCCGCUUCAAGCUGAAGCAGGUGGAAAAUAAUUUUCAACAGCUCGUAGGCCGUUUUGCCUCUGUGAAGGGUGUGGUGGCGGAAACGGCUCAGGAGCUAAUGAAUGCGUUACAAGAGCGCAAAAAUAUUCUCUACCUCUCCCUACAACAUAUUCGACUCUACGACGUACAAAACACAAAGAUGCGUCAGAGCAAAGCCAUCGUAGUGGCGAUGAAGCAGAGCAUGGAGGAACUUCUCAAGCGCAUUUCCGUAACCUUUCCCGCCGGUGCCGUCACCUUCGUUGACCGCAUUGGACGUAUUUCCACGCAACAGUUUAAGGUGGGGCAGACCUUGGCGACACUCCGUCAGCAAAAGACGUUGGAGCAGUCGGGUGAGGAGGCGGCGUCGACGAGUGCGCAUACCACUGGGUUUAGUUCGCCCAUAGCCUCGCCAACUGGGAUGCGUGUGAUGAGCGAGGAUCAAACAGCCGUGCCCAUGCCGCCGAGCGUUGAUUUUUACAGUACGGCGGACACCAGUAAAUUGCCGUUUCAGACGGUGUAUAACGUCGUGGACCUCAUCAAACAGGCAGAGCGUUCCAUGGAAAGCCUGAGCAACGUGCUCAACUUUGAGAAUGAGAUCAAUGCCUUUCUUAAUACGCUCACCUUGUCGCUCUCAACGACGCCGCGGAAUGUGGACGAGGCCCUGCGUGACCUGCAAACGGAGGACGAGAUGGUGGACAGAGCGCUGCUUCCCACAGGCAAUCUUCCCUCACAGCGCCCUAGCGCUGUGGACGUCGCGGCGCGGAGGGUGGACCGCGAACCAGACGUGGGAGUGAGUCCCCACCCUAUAUUGUCAGCGUCCGUUGCCGGCGAUCGGAAGGCCUCGAUUGACAGCGAGCAGCAGCCAUCACAGACGGUUGAACAGAUGCAGCAGAUCAAGAAGUUGCAGGAACAGUUGGACAGUGUGCAGCCGGAGUUUGCAGCCAAAAUCAGCUUCCUACGACAGGUGUAUGAGGCCCGAAUCUGUGACUUGGAGGUUAAGGAGGCUAAUUACCACCGCAAGAUUAACACCGUUAUGACGCAGAAAGAAGGCAGGGAAACGAGGGAAUCCAAACGCCGUGUCAGUCGUUCAGAUCGCAUUUCACCGGCCCCGCGCACGCCAGAAGCCUCCGCCCCAGAAAGGCGCGGCAAAAAGGAAGAUAAGGAGCAGCUCUUACAAUCACGCUCGGAGUGGCAGCAGACGAAAUCUGUAUUAAAGUCGAAUAAGAAGACACGCGAUGCCACGUUAAACGAACUCACCAAAAUGUUGAAAGGAGACCGUUGA